AUGCUGAUUCCGGUGGCGCCCGAGCGUCAGGCAAACAACGAAGAUACAUCAAUGGAAGAUAUGAAGAAUACAUCGGCGAACAUGGAGACUUCCAUCAAAAUCUUAUAUGAAAGAUCCCCGACGCCCAGACCGAUGCAGGGACGGAUGAAAAGACGCGGGGGAGUUCAACGGUCGACGCGGAAGAGGACCAGUACGCAACAUCGGAAGACCAAGAAGAAAGCGACCGGAGUGCGAAAGCGUUGGCGAAUAUCUCAGUGCGUGAAGAACCAACGUCGGAAGAGGCGUCAAGUGAUCCGCGACAGUGGCUCAGAGGAAGAUAAGUCUGAGAAUAACCGGGACGGAGUGUCGGACGCAAUCGUGAAAAUCGAGCGCGGACGCGGGGACGACGAGUGCGCGCGGGUUACCGGGUCGUGUAGUGCGGUAGAUCGGGAAACGACCCGGCGAUCACAACUUCGUGCAAUUUUAGCGAAGAUGAAUCCUAUGAGCCAGAGUGAGGGGAGCCAGAACGGCGGAUGCAGCGGUGGAUCACGCGCGGACAGUGAGCGAAGGCAGGUUUCGCGUAUAUACGAACAGCUGUACGGACGACCGAGGGUUAUCGGCGAGGAGAAGACGAAUGAGACGAGUACCCACAACCCUGGGACGAAACUGACGUGCGCUGCGGGAGCAGAAUUAAGUUGCUCGCGCGGACGGUCACGGUUUCGGGAGAUGGAGCGGAACCCGGGGGCGAGUACAAAGUGUGACGAGAGGCGUCGGCGGGCUAGAAUAAGACGGGAGGAGCGUCGGCGCGAGUGGCGAAAGGUGAAGCAAGCGGAUCGCCGUCAGUCGAGGCUGAACUCUGUGCUGGACGCGAGCCUAGGCACAGAGUUGACGGGGAGCAUGCAACCGCACGCUUCCCAGUCACGUCCCAGCUACCAGGGGACAACCCAAAUGGACCGUCACGAGGCCAAGUCAACGGCAACGACGACCAGGACGGACUCAGUGGCGAUAGAAGGGCAAAUCAAAGCGCCAACCGAGGCGCUAGUAGGCUGGGACCAGUCCACAGCGAGCAUUCAGCGCUCGCACAAUGUCAGAAACCCCUACGCGACGGAGGGGAAACAGUAA